AUAACGAAGCAUCAAGUUUCAGUUUUAUAGUUUAGUAAUCUUCAAUCAGAUUGGGAGAGGGAACAUGGAGAUCAUUCAGAAUUUCAUUGUAGGAGAAAGUAUGAGCUAUAACAAGUUGUCAGACGAUUUUAUGAAUUAUGAAGAAAUCUGACGUGGCGUGAGAUAUUAGUGACAUCAUUACUACUACGAAUGAUGACGUGAAUACCAUCAUAAUAUCAUCUGGAGUAGAGAAUCUGGAGGGGAAAUUUUUUAUCUAUUUAUAAAUCCCUAAUGCUCUUUAAUUCCUCCAUAAAAGACCCAAUGUGGAUGUUCCCUUUUCAGGCCAGACCUCGGAAACACAAGCUCAUCAGUUACUUCCGUCCUAACCCUACAGCCUAUAGCCCAUAUCCAUCUCUUUCAACCUCAGUACGUACUUAAUUAAUUACCCAAAUAAUGAACCAGAAAGCUUAUGCUGAUCACAAUGUUCGCGAGCUGAACCUCAUCGACUGCUUGAACCACCGUAGAGAGGAAGAGGAGGAGGAGGAGGAGCACAAGGUAAUAGAGUUCCAUUGCAACUUCUGCCACAGGAAGUUCUUCAACUCUCAAGCCCUCGGCGGCCACCAAAACGCUCACAAAAGAGAGCGGACGCUCGCCAAAAGAGGCAUCCUCAUGAUGCGAAGCAGCAACACUAGUAGUAGCACUGCUUUUGGCUACAGCCCUUAUUGGCAAUUCCAUUACGGCGCGGGGGUAUGCAACCCCACUCCCACUCUCACUCUCACUCACUUCUCCGCCAGGAGGUCUCUUCGUCUUCGGCUGCUCGGCCGAUGAUGAUGAUGAGUAGAUCUCCCGCCGCACAACUUCCUCCACACCCACCGACGCACGGAAACCGAGGCGAGAUGAUGAGUGGUCGGUUGGGUUGGGCGGCGCAUAAGGGGGAAAAUGGUGGCUUGCAUAAGCUUGACCUAGCCCUCAAGCUCUAGGCUACAACUACUUCCUUAUUAUCCUUUUAUUACCCCAGCCCCCUCUCCAUAUCCACAGAUAGGGAUUGCUUUGGGGACGGAUGAAGCACAUCCGUUAUCGUUGGUUUGAAUUUUAUCAAUAUUCAUACGCAUAUAUAAAAUUUGUAAUCAUAUCCGAAGAAUCCAUUCGGGUUUAGAUUAUCCAUGAAUAUUAAUUUUUUCUUUGAUAUUUCACGUAAUAUGUCACUAUUUGUGAGGCUACAUCCCUUUCAACUCUUUUAUCUAAUCUAUAAAAAAAAAUUCUUUUAUCUAAAGUUACAAUGUGUGUAUUCGUAUCCUGAAAAACAUAAGGCGGCGAUAUCACGGGCUACUACCCCCCUCCCUCCCUCAAUAGUCAUGCUCAAUGGUGAGAAUCUUGAUGCUCGAUGGUAAGAUGUUGUUGCACUAUGUUAUUUUCAUCACGUCCUCACUCUAAGUACUGACUUCGUCACUGUAAAACUCUCGUAAUUUAAGGAUCAACCAACUAGAGAAAGGACUUAGCUUGGAGGUUGUCUUUGUUGGUUGUAGAAUAAUCCUACGCCAGUCUUAGCUUAUUCACGUCAAUGCAAUUACAAAGGUCGUUUCAUUUUCAUAUAUGGUGUCUAUUACAACUACAUCCAUGCGAUUUACUUGCAGUUGCAAUUGGCAGGCCGACUGACUUUUACAAUAAAUAAAUAAAAAUAAAUUAAUGGAAGGGGAAAACAAAUAAAUUAUUAUUCUUUUUUCCUCCAUGGCUUGCAUAUUUAAUGUUUCCAAAUGCAAGCUUGUAUCUUUCCAAGCGGCCACUCCAUCGGUGUAGUAUCAGUAUCCUAAUACCAAAUAACAAAAUUUCGAAUACCAAAUUUUGCCCUAACUUCAAUCCCAAUUCCAAUCCCAAAAUAAAUUUGGUAUCUCAAUCACGCCCUAAUUUUUUAAGUACUAGUACCAAAUACUAAAUUAAUUCCCUUCAAAAUUCCAAAUUAUAUAUACCAAUACAAAACCUUCUCAUCUACGAGGAGCUCCACAAAUCAUUCUCAAAAUAUUUAUAAAAACAAACCUAAGCCUAGUGGACCUUCUGAUGGUGGGUGGCGUUUAUCCGAGUCUUUAGAGGCCAUCUACAAUUGGGACUGGAAGUUUGGUACCGGUAUUUGAGAUAUAUUGAAUAUCGUACUGGAUUUUUCGAUAUUUGUUAUUACCGAAUGCACGUAUUAUCUUAUGGGGGAUUGUGAUUCAAUUUCAAGUGUUAUUUGGUAUUAGAGAUUACAGGAUUAAGAUCGGUAUAUACUGAAAUACCGAUCAAAAUUGAAAUAUAAGCUAGGGUAUGUUUUAUCCCACCCAACUAGACUUUUUCACUCACUACUACCACACCCUCGGUCGCUAAGAUGGUCACUUAAUUAUGCAUAGCUCAUUCACUCACCAUUUGACAACUCCUAGCAAGCUAAUUUUGUUACUUGCAAUAUAUUUAUGGUAGCUUAUUUGACCCUUUUUUAGUUUGUUAAUUCCUUCUUACACACAACAUUAUUUUUUGUUAUUUUGUUAUUAUACUUGUGAUUUUUUCCUUGUUUGUUUUGUAGUAGAGCAUCCGACCUAGGAGCUUAUGAAGCCUCGAAGCAGUAGCGUAUCUAGGGGAUGGCCUCAAAGAUGCACGAACCAUCCCUCCUCUAAGCCUAUAGCUAGUAGAGUAAACGAGACCUAUUUGC